AUGGCGGCGGCGUUGAACACAGUCACGCCGCUGGCAACGGAGUCUUCCCCUCAGGAAGCUACCGUCUCUGCCGCCUCCUAUACCGCCUUCGCGGCGGCGGCGGCCACGGCCACAGCCACGGCCACGGCCCCGGCAGUGAUUGUGCCUACCUCCUCCGCCACCUCCACCUCUGCCCGCCUGCCUGCCGGUGGCUGUGGUGACGGCGGCAGCGGCUUUGGCGGCACCACUAUGGCGGCGGCGGGGAGGGGGGGCAGUAGUUUUAAAGUAGACACCCGCCCUUGCCUCAGAGAAGGUACUGCCUGGAAUCAACAACUUUUUAGAGAUAACCUUUGUCAACUAUGUGGUGUUGUGCUGCAGUUUGAAUCACAACGGAUUUCCCAUUAUGAGAGUGAACAACAUGCUCAAAAUGUUAGGUUUUAUUUUCAAGUACAUGGGGAACAAUUUGAAGUUCCUGGUAAGAAAAUGAAGACGCCUGCUGAGAAUUUUCCGGUGCGUAAGGCUGGAUUACCGGACAAAAACAGAGUUUGUGAUAUGUACAACAUGAUUUUCAGCUCUCCAGUUGUUGCUCAGUCUCACUGUAUGGGGGAGGUUCAUGCUAGAAAACUGAAGCCAUUAGUGGAGGAAACCGAUCAUGUGUCUGCAUUAGGAUUUCAGCCAGAAAUGGCAUUUAGUAUGAAAACCUAUGCUUGUCAUAUUUGCGGUAUCACUUUUACAUCUUUAGCUAUGUUCCAGUACCAUAUGCAAGGAAGUGAACAUCAAGCUAAAGAAUCCUUUGUUAACAAUCUAGUGAUGAAUUCAACGCAGACACGAGACUCUUACCAAAAUGACUUUGAAGAGUACAUCAACAUGCAGAAAGCCAGAGAAUUAAAGCCCACGACUUAUUUCAGAAGUAUGGAAGGGAGUUCUUUGGAAACCCACAGGUACAGAGAAGCGGUUGAUUCCAGAUUCAGCCACAGAACGUUUGAACAAAGACUCCCAUCUGAGACCUCCUGGACAUACAGAGGCCCAUAUGAUAUUUCUCAAAGAAUGGAAAACCAGUUACCUCAUUGCUUACCAGCUCAUUCAGAGAAGACAUAUGAUCCUUUCCAAGAUGAACUUGAAGAAUACAUCAAAGUGCAGAAAUCCAGAGGACUAGAGCCAAAGACUUGUUUUAGAAAGAUAAGAGAGAGCUCUAUGGAGACUCCUGGGUCUAGAGAAAUGGCUGGUUGUCGACCUAGCCCAAGUAUGUUUGAGCAAAGAUUUUCAUGUGAGACUCCCCAGACUUACCAACAUCCAUGUAUUGUUUCACCAGUGAAAAGCCAGUUACCUCACUGGUUACCAGCUCAUUCAAAGAAGCAAUAUAAGUCUUUCCAAGAUGAACUAGAAGAUUAUAUUAAAGUGCAGAAAGCCAGAGGAUUGGAGCCAAAGACUUGUUUCAGAAAGCCAGGUGCUAGCUCUAUGGAAACUCAGAGGCACAGAGAAAUGGUUCAUACCAAACCCGGGCAUGGAAUGUUUGAGCGAAGACUCCCAUUUGAGACGUUCCAGACCCAUCCAGGGCUAUACAGUCCUUCACAAGCCGUGCCAAACAGUUUACCUCAUUGCUUGCCAGUGGAUGACAACAGACAGAGACUAGAAUCGAUGAACUACGAUCAACUCGCUAGAAACUAUUUCCCAGAAAAACCAGUACCCCUGAGCCUUAGUCAGCAAGAGAAUAACUCUGGCCCACAGAGUGUAGAAUCGGACGUCUGCAGACACUUCUCAGAAAACUCUGCCCGUGAGUAUCAAGCAGAUGAUGAACGGAGGCGUGAGAAGAGGACACGACACCUGGAGGAAGGCGAGGAAGGCGAGGAAGGCGGGGAAAGGGCAGAGGAGCAGUCAAAGCAUAGAAGGACAAAGAGUUGUGAGGAUACAGAUUUAGCCAAAGAUAAGGAAGAUAGAAAGGAAGAUAAAGCCAGGGUCAGGAGAGGGAAGCUUAAGCAUCAGAAAAAGAGAAAAAGCCGUGAUGUCUCUGCUGAGAAAGAACGCAAGCACAAGAAAGAGAAGAAGAAAUGUGCUGAAGAAAGGACGGAAGAAGAAAUGCUCUGGGAUGAGUCAAUUCUUGGAUUUUGA